AUGGCCGAGCCUGAAGUUAGUCACGGUCGCGGAGGCGCAGGAAAUAUUGGAGUCGAUCCCACUCAAUAUGUUGAUGGCGAAAUUGUCCGUCAAGGACCAGCAGGAGAUCACGGCGAUGGAGCAUUCAGUGUCGGUCGCGGUGGGGCUGCAAAUAUCGGCUCACCUGGUCUCCCAGCUACCAAACGAAGCGAUGCGGAUAGUAUCCCAGAUGCUGCAUUGAGGCCCAGCACCGAUGGCGAGGUUGUGCAUUUCGGACGAGGUGGAGAGGGCAAUGUGGUUAAUACGACCAAGCCGGGUGCACAACAUCCGGUUGGAUUGGCGGAUAAGUUGAAGAAUAAGUUGUUCAAGAAGAAGGCGCACUCUACUGAGAAAUAA